CAUUUAUUUCCUGUAUUAUCAUCCUCCUCCUCUUCUUCUUCUCCCACGCGUCCCACUCUUCUUCUCAACUUCUCUCAUCUUUUUCCUGCUGGAGGGGCAAUGAAUCCACCCUGUGGAAGAUGCAGCAAACCAGUUUACCCCACAGAGAAAGUCAACUGCCUCGAUAAGUACUGGCACAAAGGUUGUUUCAGCUGUGAGGUGUGUAAAAUGGCCCUGAGCAUGAACAACUACAAAGGCUUCAACAAGCGACCUUACUGCAGCAUGCAUUACCCCAAAACCUCCUUCACCAUCGUCACCGACACCCCCGAGAACCUGCGUCUCAAGCAGCAGAGCAUGCUCAACAGCCAGGCCCUUUACAAGGAAGAGUUUGAGAAGAACAAGGGCAAAGGUUUCAGCGUGGUGACCGACACGCCCGAGAUGCAAAGGCUGAAGAAGACGCAGGACCAGAUCAGCAACAUAAAGUACCACGAAGACUUCGAGAAGAGCAAAGUUCGAAGCGACGCGCCGCCUCCGGAAAAUAGGCAAGAUGCAUCCAGCCAGGAGGGGCCUCUUGCUACAGCUCCAUCUGGUGGAGGGAGUCGCUACCAGGCCGUGUACAACUACACGGCGGCGGAAGCCGAUGAGGUUUCCCUGCAGGAGGGCGACCUCAUCUGGGACGUGGAGCCCAUCGACGAGGGCUGGGUGUUCGGGAGCAACCAGCGCACGGGCCAGCGAGGAAUGCUUCCCGCCAACUACGUGCGACCCGUGUGACGCAAAGCCGACGAAUGAAGAGAUUUCCAACGCUCACGUGUGGACUAUACUGUGGAGACAAGGGGUUUUCCAAGUCUUACCAUCGUGGGCCGCCUCCAGGCGUCCCAAAAUGUCCUUACACAGCAGCCCGGCCAACCCACAACAUCUGCCAUUUGUCACCCUCUGCUGGGCUUGAGGCAUUACUACAAUUUCCGUUGACCCUCAAGUGCUCACACUUUGAAAACCUCUGCUGUGGACCACCACAAUGUAUUCCACCGGGCAUCAUGUUUUGUUAUUCAAAUUAAAUGUGAGGCAAAGAAAAAUAAAAACACCAAAGUACAAGCAAAUCAACUUUAUUCAAA